AUGACACUGUUAACGGGGCGGCAGAGCCACUAUAACCGCGGGCCCAAAGGUGGUGCGGGCCCGGCCCUCGCCCCUCGGGGGUCUGUGCCCCCCUCCCCCGGUGGGGCGGUGGGGUGCGGGACCCCCCCCGGUCCCAGCGGGGCCCCCCGAUUCCCAGCGGGGCCUCCCGCCGCCAUCACGGGCCGCCCUGAGGGGGCAGCAGAGGGCGCGGCCACAGAGACGCACGGCCCGGCCAGAGCGCCUCCCUCCCGGCACGUCUCGCCCAAUCGCAGAGGCGGGAGGGAGAGACUGGGGCCGCUGCUGGAGGAGAAGGGGGACCAAGGAGCCGCCGGCUCGGCCACUGCUGAAGACCCACCAUGCCCAGCGGCUCGUGAGGAAGAGGAGGAGGUGGUGCGUGUGCUGACUCUGCCUCUGCAGGCCCAUCACGCCAUGGAGAAGAUGGAAGAGUUUGUGUAUAAGGUGUGGGAAGGGCGCUGGCGCGUCAUCCCCUACGACGUGCUGCCCGACUGGCUGAAGGACAACGAUUACCUCCUGCACGGCCACCGGCCUCCCAUGCCCUCCUUCCGAGCCUGCUUCAAGAGCAUCUUCCGAAUACACACCGAGACAGGCAACAUCUGGACCCACUUGCUAGGUUUUGUCUUGUUUCUCUGCCUGGGGAUCCUGACCAUGCUGCGGCCCAACAUGUAUUUCAUGGCUCCUCUCCAGGAGAAGGUGGUGUUUGGGAUGUUCUUCCUGGGAGCCGUGCUGUGCCUCAGCUUCUCCUGGCUUUUCCACACCGUCUACUGUCACUCGGAAAAGGUCUCGAGGACUUUUUCGAAGUUGGAUUAUUCAGGAAUUGCACUGCUGAUCAUGGGGAGCUUCGUCCCGUGGCUCUACUAUUCCUUCUACUGCUCCCCUCAGCCAAGACUCAUCUACCUCUCCAUCGUCUGCGUCCUGGGCAUCUCCGCCAUCAUCGUCGCGCAGUGGGACCGCUUCGCCACCCCCAAGCACAGGCAGACGAGGGCAGGCGUCUUUCUGGGGCUGGGGCUGAGCGGGGUGGUGCCCACCAUGCACUUCACCAUCGCCGAGGGCUUCGUCAAAGCCACCACCGUGGGCCAGAUGGGCUGGUUCUUCCUCAUGGCCGUCAUGUACAUCACGGGCGCGGGGCUCUACGCCGCCCGCAUCCCCGAGCGCUUCUUCCCGGGCAAGUUCGACAUCUGGUUUCAGUCCCAUCAGAUCUUCCACGUGCUGGUGGUGGCCGCGGCCUUUGUCCACUUCUACGGGGUGUCCAACCUGCAGGAGUUUCGCUACGGACUGGAAGGGGGGUGCACAGACGACUCCCUGCUCUGAGAGAGACACACACCCCCCCGACACACACACACACACACACCCCCUUUUAGUACAAGCUUCCUAAGUGCUUUUUAAACUCUUUUUUGUCUUUGCUAAAAUCAAAGGAAGACUCAAAACCGUUUGGGGCCGCUGGUUGGGUUUUGGUUGUUUUUUUUUUUUUUUUAAGAAAAGAAAAAAACCAGAAAAAUUCUUUAGCAUUAUUGACCAAAUCCUCACCCACAACCCCCCCGCCCCGUCCCUUGCCACGCGCUUCACGGGGGCUGAGGGGGGAGGCGAGGGGGCCC